GCAGGGCGUGCGCUUACCCCUAUUAGUUUCUCAUCCAACAAUCGUCAGCUACCCUUUCCCUUCCAUGUGUAAGCAGCGCUAAGUUGAAGCCAUUUUCCUGCUUUCUCUCCUAUUAAGCCAUGUUUAGAGCCUUGAGUACACGGAGAAGCCAUCGGAGAUAUGAAAAACUAGCCGAUGAGCCUGCAGUUGGUACGUUGGAGGUGAAGUUAAAGAGGUCUACAAGCUUGCCAGCUCGAGUAUUCGGUUCAUUAACAAAGUCAACGCCGGAAUUAGCCUUUCCAGACAGCUCUCAGGUGAAGCAUACAAACAAGGUUACCAAGAGCCACCCACUCUUUAGCCUCUUCAACGCUCGUCGCAAGAAGAAAACUACAGCCAAGCCGGAAUUUGCAAGGUAUCUAGAGUAUCUCAAGGAGGGAGGGGUUUGGGAUAUGAAUUCCAAUAUGCCUGUAAUCUAUUACAAAUGAAAAGCUGCUGUUGUAUUUUGUUUGUAAUUUAUAUGCCUUCAUGAUUUGAAUUUGAUUUCUCUUAA